AUGGAGGAGAACCAGACACUGGAUCGCGAUAAAGGUAAUGCAAGCUUAGUACCCAAUUUGCCCCUGAUGAUCAACGGUAUGGUUUAUUCCCAGCGAAUCGGCCUCGCCAAUGUUAUUGCCAAAAUUGCAGAGCGUGAGCCAUGUCGCAAUGUAGCGAUCGUUUUUAUGCUGCUUAAGAUAGCCAGUGGCGACGACACCUUCGACACUCCAGAAAAAGCCCGCGCUGAGUCCUAA